AUGCCACCAUUUGAGGCUUUGUAUGGUAGGAAGUGUAGGACGCCGACUUGUUGGGAUGAGGUUGGAGAGAGAGAUAUUGAAGGGCCAGAGUUGGUUAGAGUGACUAAUGAGAAGGUGGCGCAAGCUAGAGAGAAUUUACAGAAGGCUCAAUCACGUCAAAAGGUUUAUGCAGAUCAGAAGAGAAAGUUUGGUGGAUUUCAACCCGGUGAUCAUGUGUUUUUAAAAGUGUCUCCUUGUAAGGGUGUUAAGCGUUUUGGUAUGAAGGGGAAGCUUAGUCCGAGAUAUGUGGGUCCAUUUGAUGUUAUAGAGAGAGUGGGUGAGGUGGCAUAUAGAGUUGCUUUGCCACCACAGUUAUCUCAUGUGCAUAAUGUGUUUCACGUGUCUGUUCUGAAGGGAUAUAAGUAUCAUCCGUUUCACGUGGUUCAGUAUCCAUUACAUAAGAUUAGGGAGGAUCUAUCUUGUGAGGAAGAAGCGGAAGCUAUUUUAGAUCGAGAGGAGCGAGUAAUGAGGAAGAAAAAUAUUUUGUUUGUCAAAGUUUUGUGGAAGAAUCAUUCGGAGCGAGAGGCUACUUGGGAAUUAGAGGAUUUUAUUCGUGAGAGAUAUCCGCAUUUAUUCGAUUCAGGUGUACGCCUAUGUGGUGUGGGGUGA